GCUGGAGGGUUGUGUUUGAGAAGCCACUGCAGGAGAAGAGUAGUGCAAAAGGGACCAGGCUUGCUGUCAGGAUACACUCAGCUCCUGUGCAGAAAAAAAUCCUGUGGUUCCUGAAUGGCACUUAUUGAGCUUAUAUUUGUUUUGAGUGGUGCUUGUGUGGUUCUCCUUUGGCUGGCACGUGGGUUAAAGAUGAUUGCUCCAAAGGUCUGCUCGAUUUCUGGGAAUUUCUUUACUUCAAUGGGGAAAUGGGCAGUCAUCACUGGAGGGUCAGGAGGAAUAGGAAAAGCUUAUGCAGAAGAGUUUGCAAGACUUGGGCUGAAUGUGGUGAUCAUUAGCAGGAGUAAAGAGAAGCUUGACAAAUCUGCAAGAGACAUAGAGAUUAAAAUGGACAGAAGCAUCAUGGUCAUAGCCGCAGACUUUACAAAGGACAAUAUUUAUGAAAACAUUAAGGAAACUAUUAAGGAUUUGGAUAUCGCUGUUUUAGUUAACAAUGUGGGAAUUCUUCAAAAUGUUAUACCCUGCAAAUUUCUUGAAACAGUUAAUAUGGAAGAGAAAAUUCAUCAAAUGAUCAAUUGUAAUGUCAAAGCAAUGGUCAAGAUGUGCCAUAUUGUCCUUCCUGGAAUGGUGAAAAGAGGAGGGGGCAUCAUCCUCAACAUUUCAUCUGGCAUUUCCAAAGUUCCAUUCCCCCUGUACACACUAUAUUCUGCUACAAAGAUGUUUGUUGAGACAUUUUCACGAGGGCUUUCUGCUGAAUACAAAUCCAAAAGAAUUCUCAUUCAGAAUGUGUCUCCUUUUGGGGUCUCCACUGCAAUGACAGGCUAUCAGAACCCAAGCAUUAUAACAUUCACUCCUGAGGCAUUUGUGAGAAACUCCCUGCAGUAUCUUAAAGCUGGAGAACAAACAUAUGGCAGUGUCACCCAUGCAAUCCUGGGCUGGAUUAUCCAGGCAAUACCAGAAUGGCUUCUAAGAAGAGAAGCAUUUCAAAAUAGCUUUCAGGAGUAUGUAAAGACACAAGUGGCUGGCUGAGAGCUGUGAUUGUGAAAUAUCCUUUGGGUAGUGCAUAUUGUGUUUUUUAUUAUAGUAAUUGUAGUUUGUAGUUUGAAAGAAACUGUUUUGGGAAGUUAAAGAAAGUGUCUAUUAAAACUAACUAAAACUAAAUUUACUACUGCCCUAACAUGGCAAAAUCUCAGACUAAACUUGAACUAGCAAUACUAUACAAUGUACCUUCUAUGUGGAAAGACAACAGAGCAGAAUCACAGUCGGCCUCUCAAUUGGUCUCAUGAUAAAGAAGAAAUACAAUACAAUUUUAUAACAGAAACCUUUUAUGCCGUGUCUGUUUUAAGGCAAAUUGCUCAUAUUAUUUUAUACACAAUUGAUUCCUAAAUUGGAAACAGUGUGGGAAUAUUUAAAAUACAUGGCUCCAUCUAGUGGGCAAACCACCUCUCAGAAAGUAUAUGAAUUAUACAACCCCAAAUCAAAAAAUGGUGGGAUGCUGUGUAAAAUGUAAAUCAAAAAUAAAAAAAUCUCAUCAGUAUCUCAAAAUCUCAUGAUCUUCUAUAUUUUAUUCACAUCGGAACAAAACAUAAGUUUUAAACCUAGGAUAUGUACCAUUUAAUGGAAAAUAUAAGGUCAUUUUUAAUUUGAUGGCUACUGCACUUGUCAAAAAAGUUGGGGCAGGUCCAUGUUUACCACUGUGUAGCAUCCCCUAUUUUUUUGAUAACAGUCCUUUCAUAUGACUGGGAAAACCAGUUGUUGGAGUUUUUGUGAAGGAAUGUUGUCCCAUUUGAUGCAGGGUUCAAGCUAUUUAACAGUCCUGGGUCUUCUUUAUCAUAGUUUUCAUUUUGUAAAGCCCCAAAUGUUUUCAAUUGGUAAAAGUUCUGUACUGCAGACUGGCCAGUUUAGCACCUGGGCUCUACUGUGAAUUCAAGCCAUCAUCCAGUAUUGAUUUUUGUUUUGUCCCUUGUAGAUUUGCUGGUGUGAUUGGGAUCAUUGUCCCGUUGCGUGACCAAAUUUUAGCCAAGCUUUAGCUUUACUGUUCCAUAAAUCACCUGUAACUUUGCAAACUUAAGCCAUGCUGUCAUGUUCUUUGUUGAGAAGAGUCUUUCCAAACAAACCUUUUCUAAUUGUACUGUCAUGAACUUAAACUUUUAACAUGCCUGAGAGUCUGAGAUGCUGAGAGUCUGAGAUACCAAUAGUCUGAGUUGUAAUUCUUGUUUUUUUUUUGCCAAUUCUAUGAGCAUUGUCUUAAAUGUUUUCCACACGUGAAUAAUGUUUUUUAAAUUGUAUACCUUCCCAGAUUGAAAGGCAAGAAAAAUUGCUUUUUUAAGUUACCUAUGUCUUUGCUUCCUGUCAUUGUUUAAAAAAAACAAUAAAUCCUGAAUGCUCCAGACCAGCAAACUUUUACAUUUUUAUAGAGAUGAUUACACUUGCUGAUGAUCAAUUAAUCAAGGGAAUUUAAUUAGCAUAUUCCUAUAUAAAAGAGUAAAGGUGUAGGUGUAAAUGUGUACUUAGUUUUAACACAUGGCCGCUUUAUUUUUGCAAAAUAAAUAAUGACACUGUGUAAUAUUUUAUGUGUUGUUCAUCUAAGGUUGUAUUUACCUAAUUUUAAAACAUGUUAAUGAACAGAUAUCCUUUAUGUACUAAUACAUUAAACCAUGAAAAUA